AUGACACGACAUAUGUAAAAAUAAGAACAAACAUCAUAUACGUACAAUGGAGUGUAAAGUAAUUGAACGAACGCAUGCAGAUAAAAUUAUCGCACGAUAUACUACUGUGUUCACAAUCAUAACGCUGUUCAACGCGUGCUUCAGCCAAGUGGUAAAACCGCAAAGCGCAGAACUAUUCGAACACCUUUUGAACUCGUCUAAAUAUAGCCCUGACGUCAUACCCCUGUGCGGAAACCAAUCCCACGUGACAGUUAGGCUCGGAACAGCGGUCAGAGACAUAGUGGAGUUGAUGGAAACCCGCCAAGUCAUACGGCUGAAUAUCUGGGUUCGACUGACUUGGACCGACUGCAUGCUAACUUGGGAUCCGUUUUUCUUCCGUAACCAAACCGAGAUUGUCUUCCCAUAUGAUAAAAUAUGGACUCCGGACAUUUUCGUUUUCGAGGGCAUUAGCGACGAGGGUAAUAUGCCGGGACUGGAGGAUUACCGUGCGUUUGUGUCUUACAAAGGGGAAGUCGGUUAUAGCUUCCCUACUGUCAUCACCAGCGUCUGUCGAGUAACUGUGACCUAUUUCCCGUUUGAUCACCAGCUCUGUAAUCUGACGUUCAGUUCUUGGGCAUACAGUAGCACACUCUUACAAUGGGAGCCGGACGGGGACAGUUCCGACAUAUCCACUUUCACGCUUCACAAUGAAUGGGGUUUAGUCCGGACGAAAGCCAUCAAGCGCGUGUUUUACUAUCCAUGUUGCACGGAUCCCUUUCCCGAUAUCAGAUUGCAUAUCCAUUUGCGAAGAAAGCCGACAUUUUACAUGGUGACUAUCAUCUUCCCGUGCUUUGUGAUAACAAGCCUAACUGUUGUUGGCUUCUUCCUGCCGCCUACCUCGGGAGAAAAGAUUGCGCUGCAGAUGACAGUACUCCUUUCCCUGUCAGUUUUUCUUGUCCUCCUGCAAGACAAGCUGCCAUCUGACUCGGAUCAUAUUCCUAUUCUUGCCAGUUACUUCAGUAUUUCUAUGCUAUUAGUGUGUCUGGCGUGUCUGAUGUCUGGAAUAGUGACGCAUGUGCACUACAGGUCGCCGGCGGAGCACCCAAUGUCCGAUAGGAUUCGCAGUCUCUUUUUGAUUAAGCUUCGCAGAUUGCUAAGAAUUGAAAUAGGUGGCGACUUAAUUGAAACGGAAAUCAUUGUGAGGAAGAUUUCGCAUCCGUAUGUGUAUUCCUUAAGCGCUAACGAACUUCAAAAAAUUCGUAUAAAACAGUCCACGCAGUCUAAUGUAGAUGUUAAAGUAAAGGUAUCCGAAACUGGUAAGCCUGAAAUUAACCCGGAGCCGCACGGAGAAAGACGUCCGCCCAAUCAGUUCGGUGACAAGUGGAAAUCUGAAAAAGACGACAGAGAGAUUGAAGACAUUGUGAGCAGCACGCUGGCCAAUGAGUGGGAAAUUCUAGCUAUCGUGUUGGAUCGAGUCUUCAUGUACAUAUAUGUCGAGGGAAAGAGAGAGGGAGAGGGCAUCGUCCUCAAGUGGAUGGCAAUGAAAAGGAUUCGUCCGGCGAUUUGGAUUCCUUUGGUUUUGAUGCUGAUUAUUGUUAUGAAAGUCCGUUUUUGUGAAAGCCGAGAAGACACCACAAGUUUGUAUAAUUAUAUACAUUCAACAUCGUAUCUGUCGAGUGUGAUGCCAUCUUGCAAGAAUGGAAAGCGCCUCGUCGUGAACAUCGAAAUUGCAUUGCGAGACAUCGUUGAACUCGUCGAGAAACAACAAUUGAUCCGGCUGAAGAUUUGGGUGCGUUUGAAUUGGAAUGACCGUAGACUCCGUUGGAAUCCUGCAGACUUCAAUGGACUCAACGAAAUAGUGCUACCCUUUGAUGAAAUAUGGACCCCUGAUAUUACAUUGUUUGAAGGCGUCAAUGACGAAGAAAACCUACCGGGAAUGGAAAACUACAGGGCUUUGGUUAACUACCGAGGGGAGGUAAUUUACAAUUUCCCCUCCAUCGUCACUGCUGUGUGUAAAAUGGACGUCAGUUACUUCCCCCUUGACCAUCAAGUGUGUAGUCUUAAAUUCGGUUCCUGGAUAUACAGUGGUAAAUAUAUUGACAUGAGAAGCAAGAAACGCACGGUAGACAUUUCCAGCUUUCUGGCCCAUAGUGAAUGGGACGUGGUCGACACCAUGGCCAAGAGACACGAAUUGUUCUACGGUUGCUGCAACGAGUCGUACGUAGACACGACCUUCUAUCUUCAUCUUAAACGAAAACCAAUAUUUUACAUAAUAACAAUAAUCUUCCCCAGCUUCAUCGUGACUGCACUGACAAUCUUGGGCUUUAUUCUCCCUGUGGAAUCGGGGGAGAAGAUCAGCCUACAGAUCACCGUGCUUCUCUCCCUCACCGUGUUCCUCUUGCUGGUCCAGGACAUGCUCCCAUCCUCGGCGGAGACUGCGCCCUAUCUCGCCGUGUACUUCUCAGUCUCAAUGCUGUUAGUGUGCGUUUCCUGCAUAUUCUCCACUGUUGUUCUAUGUGUGUAUUUCAAACUACCCGCCCGACCCAAUCAUCACGGCAAUUUCCAGAAUCAGGAAUUCGACAUUUCCUCCGAUGUCUCUCGAUUUGUCGGCAGAUCAGCGCAUGCGCUAGGAAAAUUGCGUCAUCGACUCUCCGAAUUUCUGAUCCCAUCCACCAUGCAAUGGAACCUGAUGGCGGAGAAGUUGGACCGAGGAUUCAUGUGGAUUUACCUCUUCAUGACAGGACUGACUAACCUUGUUUUCGUAGUCCUGAUGUUGAACUAUGACGGACCAAGCCAGCACUUGGAACUUGUUGCCAGACAGUGAAUCUGACAGUUUCCUUUAAAUGAAAACUGCUUUCGUUAUAUCCAUCUUCUUGUAUUUUACAUUUUUUGUCUUUUUUAAGAGGACUGGGUGGUCGUGGCCAUUUUUAUACUAUGUUAAUCUCAUUGAGA